AUGGACAGAGAAUACAUGCAAACAGCCAAAGUGGCUCUUAUACUGUGUUCAUGUUUUUUUUCUUAUGGUACUUAUUGGUCAGAUUGGGCAUUCGAUUACUAUUUGCUCUGGGCCAACCCAUCAGAAUAUCCAGAGGCGAUCACUCGAGCAACUUUUUAUUAUGCGAAUCAAGGCCAUAUUCCCAACAUCUUGAAAUACGUUCCUAUUGCUAAUUUGUGUAUUGCAGCAACUGGUUUUGCUACAGGCUUAUUAACUAUGACAGAUGGAAACUUGCUAUUUGAUGGAGCCUCAUUAGUGUUGAUGAUGUUUGGAGUUACUACCUAUCUUUCGUCCGUGAAACCAGCCAUUGCGGUCGUCAAUCAGUCAGCAGAUGUGAGUGAUAUCACGGCUUCCUUGAAAAAUAUAGCUGCAGCCCAUUUUAUCAUUGUGCUGGCCAUUACGGGUAUCAUUGGACUCCAAAUCACACACUACUUUGUCAUGAAGCGGUCCAACAAGGACAAGGAGACUGAGGACGAUCAAGAGACUGACCGAGAAGAAGAAGCAGAAGAAGAAGACGAGGAGCAAGAAGAAGCAGGAGACAACAAGAAGCACCACUAA